UAGUUUUUACUGAAGCUAGGUAGUUUACUGUGAUGUUGAAAUUGACAUUGCGUCUAAUGGCGAAUUUAGCCUUUCCGUUAUCCCACGGCACUUUUAGUUAUUCCCAUGCAUGUCCGAAAUCCAGAGGAGUGGUGUUCAUAUCAAACUGAGUGAAAGAAAAAGGAAGCAGAGAGGUGGGCGUAAUGGAAGCUAAGCGUUACCUUGCUUAAAAAUUAUUAGCUGUGUCGCGAAAGGCUAACUGUUAAUUAGAUUUAUAUGUUAAUUGCGCUUUCCGAGUUUUUCUGUGACGCACAUCACAGCAUUUACAAUUCCAGUUUUGAGCGACCGCAUACAUGUAACGUUAGCUAAACGCUAACGCUAGCUAACGGUUAUGUCAUGUGAGCAGUGCCCUGUUAGCGUUAGUUAGCCAGCCUGUAGCUGGACAAAUAGCCUGGGCGGAGUAUUGGCCUUUCUUAUACAGCAGGGUAUCCCUAGACUUGCGCUUAGUUCUGCACUUAUUGUAAAAUAGCUCAAUAAUAUGAUGGAGGUCUAGCACAAGCAGGCGGUCAGGAAGGAUGCCAGGCGCUAGUGUGCCCGGAGACUCAAAGACUCGGACGCCUGCCGCCACACAUGCAACAGUUAAUCGCUGGUUUCGGAGAAGGGCGAAAAUAUACCUGCUGUCCUCCCCGUGGUUAAUUCACUCCAUUAGAGGAAGGCAACAUAUGUAGCCGCUACAUUUUUCACUUCAAGGAACUUUAGAAAUUUGAAGGAACACACAAUGAACUUUCUGUCAGCUAUUAUAGUAUUUGAAAACCUCCAUGAGCUUAGGAGGCUGUGUCACUGGGGUCCAGUUGUUGCUCUCACUGUUAUUGCUGUGUGCUCCUCCAUGGCCAUAUUGGACUCCAUUAUCUGGUACUGGCCCUUGGACACCACAGGUGGCAGCAUUAACUUCAUUAUGCUCAUCAACUGGACCGUCCUAAUUCUCUAUAACUACUUUAAUGCUAUGUUUGUGGGGCCUGGAUAUAUUCCGUCGGCGUGGAAACCGGAAAAUCAACGAGAUGCUAUGUACUUACAGUUCUGUAGAGUGUGCCAUGGUUAUAAAGCCCCAAGGUCUCACCACUGCAGGAAGUGUAACAGGUGUGUGAUGAAAAUGGACCACCACUGCCCCUGGAUCAACAACUGCUGUGGGCAUCUGAAUCAUGCCUACUUCACUACCUUCCUCUUCCUCGCCCCACUGGGGUGCAUACACGCUGCUUUCAUCUUCAUCAUGACGAUGUACACCCAGCUGUAUGACCGGAUCUCUUUUGGUUGGAGCACGGUGAAGCUAGACAUGAGUGCUCCGCGACGCCUCCACUAUCCCAUAAUGCCGUUCGGAGUGGCGGCUUUUGCUGCCACUCUGUUUGCCUUGGGCCUGGCGUUGGGCACCACCAUUGCUGUGGGCAUGCUGUUUUUCAUUCAGCUAAAAGUGAUAAUGCGCAACAAAACCUCAAUUGAAGUAUGGAUUGAGGAAAAGGCCAAAGAUCGAAUCCAGUACUACCAAACUGGAGAGGAGUUCAUCUUCCCCUAUGACCUGUGUAGUCGGUGGGAGAACUUUAAGCAGGUGUUCACCUGGUCUGGUGUCCCAGCGGGCAAUGGCAUUGAAUGGCCUAUAAAUGAGAAGUGCCACCAGUAUACUCUAACUAUUGAGCAACUGAAGCAAAAGGCAGACAAGCGUGUGAGAAGUGUCCAGUACAGAGUUGUGGAGGACUAUAACGGGGCUUGCUGCCCAAUCAGGAUGGGCCUUAUCACAUUUUUCAGGAUGCCUUGUACAGAGGAACCGAGGAUCAAACUCACUAAAGGCGAGAUCAUUUUUGCCACAAGAGGAACCAAGUGGUGGAUGUAUGGGGACAAAGUUUUGGAUGAGGAACAGACAAAAGCUGGAGUUCGCAUUAGGGGCUGGUUUCCACGGCGAUGUGUGGAGAAGUGUCUCUAUGACUCAGCAAAUAACACAGCAGCAAGUGAAGAAAAGAAAGACAAGUAGCCCACUGGAGUUUAGUUUACCAUUCGCUUGCGUAGGGGAGAAAGACUAUAAUCAGGUUUUGCCAACUCGGCGCCUUCCUGUACUUCCUGUGCUUGUGUAUGCUUGUGAUGCCCAUACUGCAGGAAGGAGACAUGCAAAAUGUUGAGCGCUCCAGCUUCAGCCGAUGUCCGACUGAAGCCUGUCGAUCGUCCUAACCAGUGGCGGUCCUAACUUACACCACAGAAGGGCGAUGGAAAUAAGUGCUCAAACCAGCAAAUUCCACUUCCUCAAGGGAACUUCUGUACCUCUAUAACAUCUCCAAAUCUAAUCUGAUUAAUGAUGGAUGAUAAUGAGAAGGGGGUUGGUGUCCACCAAGAUGCUGACAUAAGACUUUUCUUUUUAGGAGAUGAGCAAUCAUUUUACUUGAAUCUUCGGUUUUCUUUCUCUCUCCUUUUGAUGUCUAUGCUGUUAUGCAAUGCCUUUGUCAGUUGUAACAAAGUCUUAGUCAUGCAAAUUCUCUGUGUUCUUUGUACAGAAAAAUACCUUAAUUUUAUUUUGGAUUAUUUUUGUAAAACUGAUGUCAGCCUCAAAAAGAUUUUAAAAAAGAACAAUAAACAAUUCUGCUCUGUACAAAAAACAUUCGUUUUCAUGUU